CCGGCCCCGACGGCCCUGCCGCCUUCGGCCCCGCUGACAUCCACGAGGGCUGGUUCCACGAGACGUGCAGCCUGUGGCCCGGCCAGGCCCUGUCGCUGCAGGUGGAGCAGCUGCUACACCAUCAGCGCUCGCAGUACCAGGAUAUCCUUGUCUUCCGCAGUAAGAGCUACGGCAACGUGCUGGUGUUGGACGGUGUCAUCCAAUGCACGGAGAGGGACGAGUUCUCCUACCAGGAGAUGAUAGCCAACCUGCCCCUCUGCAGCCACCCAAACCCACGGAAGGUGCUGAUCAUCGGGGGUGGGGACGGAGGUGUCCUGCGGGAGGUGUUGAAGCAUUCCUCCGUGGAGUCUGUGGUCCAGUGUGAGAUUGAUGAGGACGUCAUCCAGGUCUCCAAGAAGUUCCUGCCGGGCAUGGCCGUGGGCUACUCCAGCUCCAAACUGACCCUACACGUGGGCGACGGUUUUGAGUUCAUGAAACAGAACCAGGAUGCCUUCGAUGUUAUCAUCACUGACUCCUCAGACCCUAUGGGCCCUGCAGAGAGUCUCUUCAAGGAGUCCUAUUACCAGCUCAUGAAGACGGCCCUCAAGGACAAUGGCGUCCUCUGCUGCCAGGGCGAGUGUCAGUGGCUGCACCUGGACCUCAUCAAGCAGAUGCGGCAGUUCUGCAAGUCGCUCUUCCCCGUGGUGGCCUAUGCGUACUGUACCAUCCCCACCUACCCCAGCGGCCAGAUAGGCUUCAUGCUGUGCAGCAAAAAUCCCAGCACCGACUUCCAGAAGCCCGUGCAGCCUCUGACACAGAAGCAGGUGGAGCAGAUGCAGCUGAAGUACUACAACUCAGACGUGCACCAGGCCGCCUUCGUCCUGCCCGAGUUUGCACGCAAGGCCCUGAAUGAUGUGAGCUGAGCCCAGGCGCCCCUGCUGACACCGCCCAGGACCUCAGGCCAGGGAGCCUCCAGGGCGCCUGGGCGCGACGAGCCCUGGACGAGACCCCCCACCCCCCGCCCCGCCGGUGUGCCCACCAAGCAAGUGUUACAGGCCCCAGAAUGCUGCCCGGGCCGCCCUGCUGGGCGGACUGUCUCUCUGUCGAUGUGGCGUCCAGCCUCCAAGCCUCUACCAGCCGUGUACAGCACCUUCUCCACCUUCUGUCGCCCUCACUCACCAAACACGUGUAUUUAUAACAAAUUCCGAAUCGUGUGUCCCCAGAUCUUGAAUGGGCCCAGGCAGGUGCCACAUCAGCCAGUGUUGGGCGUUCCUGUGUAUUGGGCUCGGAGCUGACCCCAGCGUCUGGCCUCCAGGUAUCCGCCACGUGUCGGUGAAUAGGCAGACCCGGCCCUUCUGUGUCGCCUGGGACUGGCCCCUUGACCUCUGGUACCAGGGGACGCAGCGGUUAGCAGACCGGGCCCAAAUCUGUACCAAGACACUGCUGUAGUCAUUCCUUCACCAAGCCCCACAGAGGGUGGAGAUGACAGACCCCUGGGGCAAGGGCUGUGGGGUUGAGAAGAUCAUGGUGGGGUCACUCAGGGGCUUUGUUGUCUCAGAAGAAUUCAGGUCACUCACAGGGUUGUCAGGUCCCAUCCUGGGGGUUCAGGGCGACGCUGGAUGGGGCUCCAGAGGUGGCUGGCUGGUGCGUAGUUGGUGUCGUUACUUGGGCCUGUUUAAGCACAUCAGGUGCCCUGACUUGGCUCAGGAUUCAGACUUAGGUUCAAAUCCUGCCUGCCAACCCAUGAGCAUGCUCUGGUAAAUUCUCAGAAGUACCCCCCAAGGGUUGAGAGGUUGAGAAAGCAGGUGUGGGUGGCCGUACCAGGACUCUGUGGGCACAGGACUGUCCCCUCUCCAAGGUCCUGAACCUCCAUCCUCUGCCCCAGGCACCUCACCCUUCCCAACAACCAGGACUGAGGCUCUCCUGGGAGGAGAAGAGCCACCAUAACAGGGUGCAGGUUGGGGAAGGGGGCCUCCAGCCCACUCUUGUCUCAGGGUCUGCAGGAAAGGGCCCUGCUCUCUAGAAGAGCUGACCUCACCAACCCCUUUCUCCACCCUGGACAGAAGCACUGCCAGAGGAUGGGUUGACCUGGAAGACUUGGCAGGAAGGGGACAAGGGAGUGGCCCCGGCAGGGAGGUGGGGUGCUAGAACACCUCCGACCUGCACCUGCCCUGCGCAGCUACCUUGGACCUGAUAGUUUCCAGGGGGCCUGGAACUGCAGUCAUCAUGGGGGUGGGGAACAAGCCUCCAGCUGCACAGCCCACUUCUUGAGUGGCAUCAGGGAGGUCACUUGCCGGCUCUGGGCUCCACGCACCCCACCCCCAGCCCCUCACUGGACUUGGAGCACCUUCUGACAUGUGAUUGCAAGUUAACUUCACCAUUCCACCACCCCCCAACUCUAGAACAAUCUUACACCCAGGCUUGGGGGUGAACAUUGUUUCCCCAGGUCUCCCCACUCGUGGGGAGAUGAGGUAGGGUCAUGAUGUGUGGGUCACACGGCAGAGUGUCCGUUAAAGGAAGACGUGGUAGCUACUUAUGAGGCCCUGACCCAACCCAGGUCUCCUUCCUUAAACCUUCCAGCUGCUCGUGAGGAAGGUAGAUGACAUGCCCAAGGCCACACACCUAGUAAGCACACGGUGGAAGACACCAGGCAGCCGGCCUUUGGAGAGCCACUCCACUCGACCUGCCCUGCGUGCCUCCUCUGCAGCUCAGCCCAAGCACCCUUGGGCCCCAACAGGGACAUCACCAGACAUCCACUCUUCUCCCCCAGCUCAUCUUACCAAGCUCCAGGAAGGUCCAUCCCUAGGGUGACCCCAGGAAUGCUGCUGGCAGGGGUUCUGGGCCUGAAUCUGAAUCUCAACUCUGCCUCCCCAUUGACUGUGGCGUUGAGCCGCUCACAGCUCCUGGCUUGCUUGCCUUGUCUGUCAAGUCUCUGGGAGCAAUGGUCCUCACCUGUGACAGGCUCUGUUAAGCAGCAUGGGUCAUGUGGUGCUCGUGCAACUAGUGGGAAUCAGGACUGCCCGUCGGGGCAGAGGAAGGGAAGAGGAGGCCCCAAGUUGUUGAAAGAGAGGGGUCGUUGGGGAAACAAGGAUGCCUGACCUGGACGUUGAGGUUGUCUCUGUGUAAAUCCCUCCACUUCCCCAACUUCUAGUAAAGCCUCCUUGAAGGGGUGCACAUUAAGGACUAGCGCUGGACCCCACAUCUAGACAGAUGUGAUGGAGACACAGACUGAUGGCCUGAAGCAGGAGUGGGGCACUUGGUGCAGGCGUGGCCCGAGCCCCGAGGUCCCAGAAAUCCCAGAGAGGGUCAUGAACAGGCCCUGCCUGUGGCAUCGAGGAUAAAAUUGAUCCUGUCUAGAGCUUCUUGGGUUUUGUUGUUAUUUUAAGUAAGCUUUAUGCCCAACAUGGGGCUCCAACUCACGACCCCAAGAUCAAGAGUCGCAUGCUCUACUGACUGGGCCAGCCAGGCACCCCCCUGCCUAGAGUUUGGAAGUUAUUUAUCGAAACUAGCGCUGCCCUGGUUUAAGGAUUCCAGUAGUUGCAGGUGGAUCAUUAGAAGGAAAAUGGCGGCCCUCCUCAGCCACUUGGCUUCCUGCAGAGCCAGCCACGUGUACCUCUCCCAGCUGAUGGUUCUGGUAUUUACCUGCACGUCUGUAUCCUCUUGUAUUACCGCGUUUUAGCUUGUCGGUUCCAGUCAUAAUCUGUUGACUUGCCACUAGGGAAGUUGAGGGUUUAGUUCUUUCCUUCCCUGACCCAACCACACUCAACAACGACGUGAUCACCUCGGUCAGGCCCAUGUUUAUAGUGUUAGUGCCAUCACAUCUCUGUAAACACCGCUCUCGGCCGGGACUCGAGUCUAUCCCCCGUGCAGCCGCUGCUUGCCCCUGGAGGUGUUUCGCAUUUGCUUAAUUCGUAAUAAAUUCAUCACCAGUUUA